GUUCGUCUUUCUCGUUUACAGUAGCAUGCGCGUGAAUUCUUCAACAGACUACGACUACCAAUUUAGAAGCCUGGGCAAACAAGCUCGAACGACUUGUAGAUGCACAUAUACUAGAAGAAAAAUUUUAUUUCCAGCUCAACCAUAACCAAGUGACAGUGAGAAAUUAGAGCCAAAAAAUGUUCUUCGCCAACGAUUUGUUUUCCGCACAGGAGAACUUCAAUCGCAUAGCGAUUCCCCUCAUCGUUAUUGGUGCAGUCGGUUAUUUUCUGAAGUCCUACGUAGGGCACAGCAAGGUGGAUAAAGCACUGAAGCUGCUCGUCAAAGAUUUCUACGAAUCAAUCACUCAACUGGCGGACUGGCUUUAUCCAGUGCAAAAGUAUUGUACUCGUACUGCAAUCAUGCAUUACAACUCUUUUUCUUAUAGGUAAAUCCGCAUUACAAAUUUUAUUUCUCAUGCUGUUGCUGAGGAAAUCGAAAUAAUUUGUAAUGCAUUUAUACGAGUGCGAUACUUUUGCACAGGAUAGGCUUUUAUUGGGAACAACUGGAACGACUUCCGCUGUGGGAGACGUUGGAAUAGACGAUGCAAACAUCCACCCGGCGCUUCUGGAGAAGGACUUAAAAAAUAGCAAGAAAAAUAAAGCGGACAAAUGGAAAAAAACGAAAACUUUUGCGGGCGGAGCGACGAAAACUUCUACCGUCCGGGUGGAAAGUUUGAAUCAUGAGAAACAAGAAUCGGAAGGGGAAGGAAGUCAUGAGAUGAAGAAGAAGAGCGAUAACAGCAAUAUCAACUCCGCCACUGCUGAAAGAACUUCUGGUACCAGCACUGACAAAGAUGCCAACAAACAGGAAGCGGUGCUUCUUGCUGCUGGCGGGAAAGAUGAUCAGGCGACCGAUUUCUCCGGUACAAAUUCAACCAACGAAUCUGCAGCGACCAAGGCGAAGAAGAAGCGGGCCAAGAAGAAAGCCGCCUCUGCAAAUGAUGACGAGGCGAAGGAAGGUGGAAAGAAGACUGCAAAGUCGGGCGUCGUGGCACAGGUUAGUAGAAUUUGCUGCUGAAGAUUUUUUUUUUGGGUGAAUGUGGUGCAUGACGAGGAACUGAGUGUCACAUACGUCAUGAUGUCUACACCUACAUGCGAUUCCUCUUUCCCAUGCAUGCAUGCAUGCAAACCAAAUUCAAACGCAAUUACAACUAAAACUACAGCCCUCUCCUUCCGGUAGCAGUUUGUCUUCGAGCCCCAGCCUGAGCGAGUACACGGCUUCGUGCGAGGAUGAACAUGAUGAGGCAUGUUGUCAUGCUGUUUCUCAUAUACGGUCGAAGCUAAUAUGGCGCAAUAAUGAAUAAUCAGUUGUAUGAAGAGGUUGACGAUGAUCUUAUUUACGUGUGCGCUCAUGAUCAUGUUGCGAAACAGCAUGACAAAAUAAAGAUGUUUUCCAUUCCAUACCAGCAUGUCUCUGUCCAUGGCGAAGGGGUUGAACAAAUCCGGACACCUGACGCAGCCACACAGUACAGUGCUUGUUUUGUUAUUGAAACCAGAAUAAGAUUUGUCGGUAUUGCAUUUAAUAGCUUGAAAAAAACCAAAAAAUGUUCACAUAAAUACGAAUGGGAAUGGAACAAAAACAGGCCUGCCGACCCCAACGGGAACGAGUUCGGGCACGGUGAUCUCCGGAGGUACAAGUAAAGACAUGAUGGCACAUGCUGGCACGGCGGCCCGCGGCGUCCGGAUCCCACAGCACGCGAAGCAGCAGCCCCACCAGCCGGCGGUGCUGCAAAAAUCGAGCCUGAAUUGGGCGGACGAAGCGAUCAACGAGGAGGAAGACCUGGAGGAAGAGGGACAGAUGUUAUUCACUGCAAAAAUGUCUGGGUCUGGAAGGUUGGAACUUGUGAUGCGUCCUGUGGGUCACACAAAAAUCUGUGUUGCGUGAUCACCAAAAAGUGUCCUUUUUUGACCAACACGAGCGGUCUUCUCAUGCAGGAUAGGUAUGAUAGAGACUUCCCAGAAUCUGUCAUGCUAGGUCCUGCAUUCCAGACCUCAUGGAUCAUGGAAAAGCUGCAUGACAAGUCGCGCAUUCUUCCCGACCCAGACACUUUUGCAUUUGAUAGGUGUACCUGGAGGACAACUUUCUGGACUGGCAGCCGAAAUUUCGCGAGGACAUGGAAUAUGGCGUACUCAAACGCUACAUUCUCAACUGUUACAUGGAUUCGUGAUGCAAAAUUGCCAUCAGCCUCCACUUGAUCAAGGUGCUUAGCAUGACAAAUUUUCGAAGGGCCAAGCAGCAUGAUAAUCUGUGGCAAAUCUGUGAUGCGAAAGCUGUAACGUUGCCUCUUUUACUUUUGCUGUUCUUGCAUUACAAGUCCAUGUAAGUGUAACAGUUGAGAGUGUCACGUUUGAGAACGCCAUAUGGAACCCUUGCCGGAUUGGGUAUUUGAGUACGCGAAACAGGUGAAAAGUUCGGAUUUGAGAAGCCUGAUGCUGUUGUCGGAUGCCGGGUUCGGGGGGAUGGGCAGUAUGGUCGGCGGGAACAGCAAUAAUCUCCGGAACAAUACCAUGACCAACAAGCUCGGGAUGAACGGUGGCCGCUUGGUACGGGCGAUGUGAACAAACCCACGACCAUGAUCUAGCUCCGUUUCUGCUCUGGUGUGUUGGCACUUGUUGUUUCCUCCCAUGUUUAUUAUUCGGAUAAUUUUGCUGAGGUACACGUACACGUACAGAUACAGAAGUUGAGUCAAUCAACAUCUCAAUGUUAUGAAUGUAGUUGUUGUGAGGGGCACCACGGCGUUAUACUAGAUUCACGCUCGAUGUACCAAAGAUGUACCGACGGACUCCUAGUCAGGCUAGAUUUUACGAGCACUCAAAGAAGAUUUUGAUCUUUCAUCCAAAAAUGUAAACGGCAAAGGCAGCAAAAACUUGGAUUUUUUAUCGAUUGUAAAAGACUAUCUCUAUGACAGACUGGUGGAGUUAAUGUUGAUAACUUUUACAACUGAUUGAUAUGGCAAUGUUAUCGAUAU